GCCCUCCUCCCGGUCGGCGGCAUCCUCCUCGCCCUGUCAGGCUUCACCCUCCUUGGCACCGUCGUCAGCCUCGCCAUCACCACCCCGCUCUUCGUCAUCUUCAGCCCGGUGCUCGUCCCCGCCGCGAUCACGAUCGGGCUCGCGGUCACCGGGUUCUUGGCGUCGGGGGCGUUCGGGGUGAUGGCGUUGACAGCGAUGUCGUGGAUAUGGAGCUACGUGACGAGGGGGAGGAGAGUGCCGGAGCAGGUGGAGCACGUGAAGAGGAGGAUGGGGGAGGUAGUUAUGGAGGUUCCAGAACAGAAGAAAUUGAUCGAAAUAAACCGAAAAGCGUUUUGGUGGUUACAGACAUAA